AAAUUCUUGUAAUAAACAAGACUUGUGUCUCAUAGCAAGUUACUCAACAGGAAGCUGCAAGCUCUGCUUCUCUAGGGACUAGAAAUGAAAUCUCUCCCCUGGAAAUUAAAAUCAUGCAUUCUCUAAUACUGGGCCUUCAGUUCUGCUCACUCGUAUGAGAACUGAUGACAUCAUUGCUGUUUUCUUAUGAUCGGCUGCGUCAUUUGGAUCACCGUCACUUGAUAGUCUGCAACAGCUCUCAGAACACGCAUUCAUUUUUCUUUAUCGCUAGUAAUAUAUUAAUGCAGCCCACACUGCUUCAGGACACUGGAUGCGGCCAGCCAAUGGAGCUAUGAAACUGAAAGGGGCAUUUCAUUUGUUUCACUAUUAACGUUUCCCCUACUUGGCUUAUUGUCAAGCUGAAUGUCACAGCGAGUACAUAAAGCCAAAAUUUGUAAGUUCAACUGAAACUGUCAGUUUAAAUUUUAGAAUGAUCAUAUGUUUUUGAUCAUCUUGACCAGAUGGCAUUCACUCCUGAGGAAUUUCAGAGCAUUGAGGGGUACUUUGGAAGUACCCAGCCUCGAAUUGGCACACGGAAUCGGCUAGCGAAAAAAUGUAUUCGGCAUUCAAUAGAUAGUAUUUACAGCCUCAGUACUUACGACACUGAAUAUGAAACACUGUCUCACCUGUUAGAUACAUCUAGUAGAAGAACUGGCCACAUUUUCAGCGAUAAAUUCACGGUAGUUGAUUCAGUGCUUAAAUUAUCACUAAUGCGCCGACUGCGCUCUUUGGUAAAAUUCUCAAAUGCAAGUUUCACAUCAAGUAAGUUUACAAAUGAUAGCGGCAUUGAAACUGUGUGUUCACACUGUAUUUCACCUGAAUACAGCGAAGCGGCAGAUUCAGAUGUUGAUACAUCUAACAACUUGGGUGACUGCUUCACACACCAAUUUAACAGCUAUGAUUUAUGCGAGGAGCUGAAACAGCAUGAUUACGAAUCCGCUGAGUGCCCGGUUGAAAACGUGUACCAAGAUCCAGAUGUUGUCUUGGCAACAAAAAAGGAGUCAAACAUUUAUCAGGAUCCAAACAGCUUUUACUUUGAUACAGAAAGUAGUUGUGAAUUCAGUCGAUCUGAAGAUUCUACAAUGGGGUAUUAUCAAAACGGUAACAGCAUUCAUAAGUCCACGUUAUUUAAUGAAUCUGGGGAGACUAUUGCUUCAAUUUCAAGCACGGCAUCCACAAACAAUGGUCUGUUGGACUCAAUAAUCCACGAGUAUAUGAUGUGCACUUUACACAAGAACCAGGCUUUAACAUUAUUCUGCAGCAGUCACAAUUGCCGCGUAGCUGCAUGUGGUAUUUGCGCAGUGGAGUAUCACAAAGGCUCUCACCAUAAACUAGUCGCUAUCUCACAGAUUCCGAAGGUUGAGAAUGAAGAAGAUAUUAAAUACCUUGCGCAUAAGAUUAAAGAUCGAAGGAACUUUAUUCAACAGAGUCUACGCAAGAUUGACAACAAAGGCAAACAACUAAACACUAACUUGACGCUCAUUCAGAAAGAGGUAAUGAAAACAUUUCAAAAUUGUCGUGACGUUCUCGAUCAACGAGAACAAGAAGUCUUAACAGAGGUCAGUAUGUCGUAUAGGGAUUUACGAAGCAAAAUACUUGAUAAGCGUAACGAGAUAAAGAAAAGUUUGGUAAUGCUUGACGAUAGAUUACCACAAAAAUCACGGACAUUAGGGAAAACUGCCACAGGACAUGUAAAAAGUCAACGCAUGCGUAACACACUCACUGAGCUUGAUAUGCUAGAAGAAAAGGAAAAGCAUGAAAAAAUUGGAAUACUGGGAUACAUCCGUAACAUAAAUGUCUUUACAAAUGCCUUACAGAAAUUAGGUGACGUUAUUGUACUAAAUCGGAAACCUACAAUGUUCAUCCUUGAUAAAGGUGCGGCAUUACAAGGAUGGCGAUAUAAGUUAAAGAUCGAGAUGGUCAAUACCAAUGGGCAUGAUGUCAGCGAACUAUUAACCCUAACUCUAACUGGCCCAACUGGGCAAUCUCUACCCACUGAACUUACAAACAAUAAAGAUGGAACACACACCAUCUCAUUUACACCACAAACAUUAGGCACGUACAAACUAAAUCCCACCGUAUUUGGUCAUUCACUGCUUGAAAAACCCAUUAAUAUUCCGGUUUGGGUUCCCACACUCAUUCCAGAGCAUCACGGUAACACCCGGCCCUACCGGGUCAAAGUGGUUGCAAUGGACGGAGAUGGAUGUGCACAGAUGCUUCCUCCUAAUUUACCAUUUGUUGCACGGUUUAUUCGCAAUAAAAAUGAAGAGAUUUACUGUAACACAUCAUACUCUGAAGGAAAAUACUGCGUCACGUACAACCUGCGCAAGCCGGGCGAUUAUAGCAUGAAUAUUUUACUGCAUGAUCAACACAUUCUAUACAGUCCAAUGCAUUUGACAUACCAAACACGACCACUAAACAAAGCCACCAUUCACAGUGGCGGGAAGUUGAAGAAAAAAUAAUUCUAAAAGAGGCAGUCGCAUAAUGUAUGAAGUCCUAAAAUACUAUAUUUCAAAUAUAAAUAUUAUUUCAAAGUAUACUGUAGUUGUUGUACAGUAAUAAACACCAUAGAUUUUUGUUGGAAUUACAAGAUGCGAUAUUUGUAAUAAGUAGUAAGUUUAACUGAUAAAAAUCAAGGAUGUCAAAUCGUCCCUUUAUGGGGAAGUGACGAACAUAAUACGAAAUUGCUAAAAGUUAUGUAAAAUAUUUAUACAUUUAUAUUGUUUAUAAUGGAUCCUGAAUGUAUUACCUUUGUUCAACUAAUAAUCUUGCCAAGAAUAUAUUUCUAUGUGACUAAACUGCUUACUUACAUUACUGUAAAAUCAGUGAAUACUGAAUCAUCUUUAUUUGCUAAUGAUUUAUAACGUAAUGAUCAAUUUAAAUAACACUAUUUAUUAUGUAAUAUAGAAAGUGAUCAAAGAGUUCAUCUAUCGUCCAUGGAAACCCAAUAAAUACUGCCGUUCUUGUGGCACUUACAGUAGAAAGAGUGUAACAAACAAAAAAAUGUCUUGACAAAUAUCAAAUAUGAAGAUCACCAGAUUUAUAUACUAAAUUAAUAGUUUCACUUUAAUGAAAAUAAUUGCUCUCUUGCAAAGCAAUUUUAAUUGGUUAAAUUAUGCUAAUAGGAUAAUUAUUAGUGUGCCGUAGUUUCAUCUUCAACAUAAAUGUUACAUUCAGUCACAUUGAGAGGCAUGUAGAGCUAAGUGGAAAAUUAGGCCGACUGAUGCAAAAUGAAACAAAUAUCAAAAAAGGUUGGAUACAAAAUAUUCCCUUUAAAUAGGAUGAAUUGAUAUGUAUAUGGAUGACUACAUAAUAUAUUAAAAUAAAAACAUUAUUGAAUUGA